AUUUCUGCAUUUUGAUCUGACACAACAUUCAGCUCAUAUUAAGGACCAGGCAUACAAAUACAUGCACAAAUGAAGCUACACUUUGUCAUUGCAUUGGCUAUUCUUAUCCAGUAUGCAGGUGCUCAAUGCAUAGAUACCUGGCCCAAUCCUGAUGACUCUUCUCUUGCCAAUAUUACUCUCUGCAACUCAUGUUCAGGGUCUUGUAAUGACCCAAAUCUUUGUUCAUGCAACGACGGUACCUUUAACUACUGCCUUCCAGAUGUAAAUGUACAAUGCAAUGACCUUGAUCUCACCUACUGCUGUCCACAAGGCUUAUACUACGAUAAAAGUCAGUCCUGUUGCACAACUUCUCCUUCCUGUGUAAAUGGAUGUGAUAUAGAUGAAACAUGCACAUUAGGAGUGUGUGGAUGUAAUACCAGCCGGUACCAGAAUCUGAGACUUUCUGAUUUCAACCCUACAGUCAUCUGUGACAUCAACACAAUGACAGUCACCGUCAGUAAAUGUGAACUAGAAACUAUUGGUCUUGACUCUUCCACAAUUCAUCUAAAGAACUCAUCAGAAAGAUGCAAUUUCCCAUAUUCAGACUCCAUCAAUGGCCAGACAGUGACUAUUAUCCAGGCCCAUGCAGCAUCGAAUUGGUGUGGAAACACAGUGACGGAAGAUGCCUUCAAUAUCAAUAUUUCCAACACAGUUUACAUUGGACACCUGGAUAAACCCAUCAUCACAUCAAAUAAUAUCAGCUUUAACUUUACCUGUGUGUAUAAUCGGACUAUGCAAACAGUUCUGAAACUGCCUGGAAUUAUCCAACAAACAGUAUAUCUGUCUGGAGCCAAUGGGACUGGAUCAUAUCCCGUUACCAUGGCUGCUUAUAAAAGUCCAUCAUUUACAGAACCAUAUCAAAAUAAUGACGCUGUGGCUGUCGGAUCAAUCAUCUAUGUGGGAAUAUUUGUGACAGGCGCUGAUGGAAGUCAAUAUGUUCUCCGGAUAGAGUCAUGUGUUGCAAGUCCUACAGAUAAUCGUAGUGAUGUAAAUGCUUUUUAUCUUAUAAAAGAUGGCUGUGUCCAGGAAACUGUUUCCACAACAAUAGAUAAUAGCAAAGCAUUAGAAGCAUCUUUCAGCAUAAGCGCAUUUCAGUUUCAAAAUCAGGACUAUGUAAACCUUUUCUGUGAUGUACGUUUGUGUGAAAACACCACUGAAAUCUGUUCUGGGUGCACCCGUGUUAAAUCCUUCAAAGCUGCUACUAAUGAAGUCGAGAUAGGCCUACCCAUCGAUGCUAAAUUGGACCUUGCGGACAGCGCUGGAAAACAUACAGCUGCAUCCUGGGCUCUGCUGGCUGGAAUUCAACUAGCUAUUGUGUUUAUUAAGUUCUUCUAAGAAUAUCUAAAACCAUCUCUUUGUGGUCAGCCACAGCAUAUAUACUUGAUUAAAUCUUAAAGCAAAUCAACUUGAUUAUUUAUUUUCUGUACUGGACUGAGUUAUUGGACUCUGUGCUGUAUUUAUGCUCUUUGUAUCGUAUGUUGUAUGGUAUGUCUUGAUUUAAUGGGGUGUCUGUCCAUUCUAGUGUCUGAGCCAGGACUAAAUAUGUUGUCUUGUAUUUAAACAAAAAUAAAGUUUUACAAUCAGUAUUA